AUGGUAUGUGGCUUUAACCCUUUGCAUGGCUUAAUGAAGCGCAACACCAAAGAUCUGCGUGGCCUCUUCUCUCUGCAAGGUGCAGACAUAAAGGCUUGUAGUGCAUUUGUUUUUCUGAAGUGCGUAGACAUAAAAACAUCUGUGCGAGGGCAUCUGAAAGCUGAUUCAUUGAGAACAAUUCGACUGCUUUUUAUAGAUCUUUGUGCACGUCUUUUUGAUGGAAAUAGUGCCAUAGGUAAUUUUAGGAGUUACUCAACCCAAUCAUCAUCAGUAGCUGGAGCAUCCUCCUAUCGUGUUCCACCACUUCAGAUCACCGCCACCCCUUUUCAUGCAAUAGAUAGUGAUGGUGUUGACAUUUCCCAUCAUGAUCCACCACCUUCUGCUGCUUCACCUUCUGCGGCUUCACCUUAUGUAGCUUCACCUUCUGCUGGUUCACCUUCUACUACUUCACCAUAUAUUGCUUCACCAUCCGGUAACCCCAACAAAAUGGCUAAAUCCUCAACUCCUAUAGCUCUUAGUGCCUCACCGUCUUCUUCUUCACGUGAUGGAACAUCUAUUACUGUUGACGAUUUAGCAUUUGAAUUGAAAAAAUCUCUACAAAUUCUGACUAAAGGGUAUACAAUUCCUCAAUGUUUAGAGAAAUUAGAGGUGCUUCUAUUAGGCCCUAUAGAUCCUUUACGCUUUGUCGCAUAUCAUAUUUUUGGAGGGACCAUGAACAUGAGAGAGAUAUGGAUGCACUUUCCCGAUGUUCCUGAGAUAUUACAAGGACGACUUGAGAUGACGGGUACAAGUUUAGGAGUUUUGAAGGAUGGAAAGAUUGUCCAAAGAUUUUCUAGUGUUGAAACUAUUUGUUAG